GAGAGAAUUCAACCGAAAUUGUUUGAAAAAAAAGUAAUGAGUGAAUUUUCGGGGGUUUAACUGAUAUCAUUUUUUUGAGAAGCUUUCAACGAAGCGUCAUGAUAAUAAAGGCUGAAUAGAAACUACACCCGAUAAUUGGAGGAUCAUAAAUCUCAGAAAUCCAUAUUUUGGUUGGCGAGGGAAGUAUAAAAGGCAUAUCUGGGUGUUGGGGAUCCUCACUGUUGUCGGGUUCUUCAAGUGCUGAAAGUGAAAAUGUUGGUCAAGGCUGUGGCUCUUUUCCUGGCCAUUGGCGCCGUCUACGCAGCUUCGGUGCCCACUCCCAUCGAAAUAGAGUCGCAGAACUCGCUGGUGGACCUCCUGCUCAGUUCGCCGGCCAUGCGAUCGGAUAUCUUUAACCCUGACUGCGUGGACUUCUACACCCCGCUUCUCAAGGGACACGUCGAUAAGUACAACGAAGAUUUCAACACGUGCAACUACAAUUACGAGAACGCCUACUCCUUGAUCGACGAGAGUUUCGCGUACGCCCGCAACCAACUGGCCAAUUCCGUCAAGGAAACCUGUGUUUCCCUCUUGACAUGCGAUGGCAAGACCCAGAAUUACGAUGCCUUUGAGUGUUUGGCUGUUGGGGGUCCUUUCGCAUCUAAGGAGCUGGAGCAAGCUUCCUACAAGGCAGCUGAUAACCAAACUAGCCUGCAGGGCAAACUGUCUGAGAUCCAAGCCACUCGUUCUGUUUGCCACACCGAAGCCUACCGAACCUACAACAUCAACCACGGCGAGUGCUACUCGGACAUGAUCGCCUGCCUAGGUGAUCCUAACUGGGAAAUGCCCACUACCAACUAUGUGGAGUACUAAAAUGCAGAUCAACUUUAUAUUUCUGUCUUUGCGGUCUUCUAUCGCUGUAAAUAAAGUCCGUUGAUAUUGAUAAUAUUGU